UGCAGAAAGAUAUAUCUAGUCAUGUAAAUUCCAUGUAGAAGUGUUGAAAAUGAAUUUAGAAUGAGAUCUACGAGUAUCUCAUAGUUGAUCUGCCACGAUAUGUACACAGAGGUGUGAUGAUAGACACAGCCAGACAUUAUCUCAGCACUGAUACAAUAAGAAAUCUAAUUGAUGCAAUGUCAAUGGUCAAGAUGAAUGUAUUGCACUGGCACAUGACGGACGAUGAAUCCUUCCCAUAUGAUUCCUCCGUUUAUCCUGAAUUGUCUUCACAGGGAGCCUACCAUCCUCACGAAUAUGUAUAUGAAAGAGGUGAAAUUGACUCGUUGAUAGAAUUCGCUCGGUUACGUGGAAUCCGAGUUAUAGUUGAGUUUGACACGCCUGGUCACACUUCGUCAUGGGGGAGAAGUCAUCCGGAAAUACUCUCAGGUGAAUCACACGAAGGACCAAUCAAUCCAGCUAGUGAAGACACUCGUACAAUUCUGUCGAACUUGUUUCAAGAGGUUGUGAGUGUUUUCCCCGAUAAGUUCCUACAUUUGGGUGGCAGUGUGUAUGACAGGCAGUUGUGGUAAGUCCACUGGUUUCUGUGAGUGUUUAUAUUGACGAGGUAUCUAAAGUGGAUACUGAGUGGGUAUUAUGUUGUUCCCUGCGUCUCGCAUUUUACUCAUACACUGAAUCUUCAGUCCAUUUAUUGAUAGCACAAUAUUAAGUCUGUUGUAAGCGUUAUUAUUAUAUCCUUUAAUUCCUAGAGGAACAUAGGGCUUCAGCCACGCGUCUCCAUUGCCUCCUGUUUUCUGCCAACAUUUUCACCCCGCUCCAAGUCUGGCCACAUACUUUCAUCUCCUC